AUAAUGAAGAUCUUGCGUAGUUUUUAAGACAUCAUAGACUAAACUUUAAUAAUUAAUAUCGUGAAUGGUGAUUGUUUGAAGAAAAACAUCAUAAUGAAAAAAAAGAAAAUUACGACGUGGGUCUACAAUCUUUGUCUCUGUUACUUAGUAUCAGUAAGAUAGGCUUUGUUUCCUCCACACGAGAAGAGAAAGUGAGAAACUACCAAUGGUUCUUAUUUAAAGCAAAUAAAUAUUGAAAGACAAGAGGUAACAGAUAAAUAGAGUGUGUGAAUAAUAAUAAGUAGUGAGUGGAACAUUGUCAGCUUCAUAAUAAAGAUGACAAUGAAGCUGGUUUUGGUAGUUGUUGAAGUUGCAUGCUUAGUUUCUGGGAUCUUGUCCUUUGGAUCUGAGACACUCUCUGAGCUUUCUUUCUUAGAAAACGAUGUCGUCUCAACAACAAGACCUUCCUCUUCAUCUCAACCUCAACCUCUUAUGGUGGACCUCACUCUCAUUCAUGAAGCUGAUUCUAAAGGAGCUGUCUGUUUGGAUGGAACGGUGCCUGGAUACCAUUUGGAUCGUGGAUUUGGAUCUGGUGCAGAUAGUUGGCUUAUUCAUUUGGAGGGAGGAGGAUGGUGUAAUACCAUCAGAAACUGUGUCUAUAGAAAAAAUACUCGUCGUGGAUCCUCAAAAUACAUGGAAAAUCAAAUACCAUUCACGGGAAUAUUGAGCAACAAACCUGAAGAAAACCCUGAUUUCUUUAACUGGAAUAGAGUUAAAUUACGGUACUGUGAUGGAGCAUCUUUCAGUGGAGAUAGUGAAGAUGAGUCUGCACAGCUCCAGUUUCGAGGACAAAAAAUAUGGCUAGCUGCAAUGGAGGAAUUAAUGUCCAAAGGAAUGCAGAAAGCCGAUCAGGCACUUCUCUCUGGAUGCUCUGCGGGUGGUCUGGCAUCCAUAAUACACUGUGAUGAGUUCGGGAGCUUGUUUGGAAAAUCUUCCAAAGUUAAAUGUUUGAGCGAUGGAGGUUUUUUUCUUGAUGCAAUGGAUGUAUCUGGGGGACGCACACUGAGGACUCUUUUCGGAGGUGUGGUUCAGUUGCAGGAUGUACAAAAAAAUCUGCCAAAAAGUUGUCUCGACCAACUAGACCCAACUUCGUGCUUCUUUCCUCAGAAUAUGAUCGAACAUGUUGAGACCCCAUUGUUUCUACUCAAUGCUGCUUAUGAUGUGUGGCAGGUCCAAGCCAGUUUAGCCCCACCUUCAGCUGACCGCCUUGGUUCUUGGAAUGAAUGCAAAUCGAACCAUGCAAAUUGUAGCUCAUCUCAAAUGCAGUUCCUUCAAGUGCAGGGCAUUCUCCAUCAGUCCUCUUGUUCUCAUACUCCUCAACAGAAUGACAUUGCCGAAAGGAAGAAUAGGCAUCUUGUUGAGACUGCUCGGACAUUAUUACUUCAUGCCAAUGUACUUGUCCAGCAUUGGGGCGAUACAGUUUUAACAACCUUUUUUUUAUAAAUCGGAUGCCUUCUUCCUCUAUUAAAAAUAAAAUAUCACAUUCCAUUUUGUUUCCUAAAGAACCGUUGUUUCAUGUUGAUCCACAUAUUUUUGGAUGCACCUGUUUUGUUCAUAACUUGUCUUCAGGUCUUGAUAAGAUUGUUGCUCGAGCCAUCAAAUGUGUUUUCCAUGGAUAUUCCAAAUUACAGAAAGGUUAUCGAUGUUACUCUCCUGUUCACAAUCGUUAUUAUAUCUCUGUAGAUGUAACAUUUUUUUAAGAAAAGCCAUACUUUGCUUCCUCCAUGGUUGAGUCCAAUACUCUUCAAGAAGUUUUUCCUAUUCCCUAUCUUGGUCCAUCACCUUCUUUGCAGGAAUCAGAGUCAAUUGUAGAUUCUACCAUAGAUAUUUCUGACAAUCCUCCACUU